GUGUGUGUGAGAGAGAGAGAGAGAGAGAGAGAGAGAGAGAGAGUGUGUGUGUGUCAGAGAGAAACAGAGAAGGAGACGUUUCCCAGCCGUGAGGCAUGUGAGUAAAUCGUGAACUCCUGUACAUAGAGUCGCACGCGCGCUUCGAAACGGCCGAUGAGGAACCGUUAGCGUUUUGGCGCGCGCUGAGGAUGCAUCCAAACAACUUCGAAUUGAAGGCAAACGGAGCGGCGGACUCAAAAGUUUACUAAGUCAGUCGGAGAGGAAGCGCGGCCACGGGACCUCAAGACGGUGAAGAAUAAUGUUCUGAAGCGGGGGAAAGAAAAGGCGAUGAAGCCGGUGACGCGGAGCGGGCGGCGGCGGCGGCCCUUCACGCGCCUCUGCUGCGGCGGCGUCGGGCUGCUCGCGCUCGCGUGCCUCGCGCGCCUCCAACACCUGACAGUGACAGAAGCUUCAAGCUCAGACCCGGCUGAAGACGUCGGCCUUGACUGGACUGGACGCAAACUGAUGCAAGACAGAAUCGAGAACCACACUCUAGAACCUCCCCGAGCAGCCAUCCAUGAGUUCCCUGAAGAUAUCUUUACUAAGGAACAGAGGAAGAGGGGGGCCGUGCUGCUACACGUGCUAUGUGCCAUUUAUAUGUUCUACGCUCUUGCUAUCGUCUGUAAUGACUACUUCGUCCCCUCCCUGGAGAAGAUCUCAGAGAACCUGCACCUCAGUGAGGAUGUGGCUGGGGCUACAUUUAUGGCUGCUGGAAGCUCUGCCCCUGAGCUCUUCACCUCCUUGAUUGGUGUAUUCAUCACUAAGGGGGAUGUAGGAGUGGGAACGAUUGUCGGCUCAGCUGUCUUCAACAUCCUCGUCAUCAUCGGAGUGUGUGGCAUCUUCGCUGGUCAGACGGUGGCGCUUACCUGGUGGUCUCUGUUCCGAGACUCACUCUACUACAUCUUCUCAGUUCUGGCUUUGAUCUUGGUCAUCUAUGAUGAGAGAGUUGUGUGGUGGGAGUCCAUACUCCUGAUCUCCAUGUACGGAGUUUACAUUCUCAUCAUGAAAUUUAACAGUCAGAUUGCGAGCUUCGUGGAGCAUCGGUGCGGUGGUCCAGGGCGGUGCUGCCGGCGAGGAGAAACCCCUAGAAACGAUGACACUGUGGACGAUGGAGCCAACUGCAAUACCUCCAUGGUGCUUCUGAGAAAAGGUCAGUCUGGCGCUGCACAGCAGGAAUCUCCAGUAGUGAUGGUGGAUGAGCUGCUGAUCCUCAGGCCUCACCAGCUCUCUUUUCCAGAGGCGGGGCUACGCAUCAUGAUCACGCCCCAUUUCUCACCUCGCACCCGUCUCAGCAUGGCCGGCCGCGUACUCAUCAGCGAAAGACAGAGGCUGAUAAGGGAAUCAGGGCAGAGGGGAAGCCCAGUGAAGACAUUUGGCUCGGGAGGGUUUGAGAACGGAGGGAGUGUGGAGAGACCCCUUCAGGAUGGAGAGAGGAUAGACAUAGAUGGGGCUGUGAAAACAGAUAUUCUUCAGCCUGAGGAAGAGGAGGACAGGGACGAAAUCUUCAGACCUCUCCAUGUGCCAGAUGGUUGUGCAGCCCGUGUUAAGUGGGUAGUAUCAUGGCCACUGGGUGUGCUGCUGUAUUACACCGUACCCAACUGCAUUCUACCCCGCUGGCAUCGCUGGUUCAUGGUCACCUUCAUCUCCUCCACGCUCUGGAUCGCCAUUUUCUCCUACCUGAUGGUGUGGAUGGUCACUAUUGUCAGCUACACCCUGGACAUCCCGGAUUAUAUCAUGGGCAUCACGUUCUUGGCAGCGGGCACCAGUGUGCCGGAUUGCAUGGCUAGCCUGAUCGUAGCUCGCCAAGGUAUGGGAGACAUGGCGGUAUCUAACUCAAUAGGCAGUAAUAUAUUUGACAUCUUGCUGGGUUUGGGCUUCCCAUGGAUGCUCAGAACGCUGGUGGUCGAAUAUGGAUCAUCGGUGUUCAUCAACAAUAAAGGUCUGGUGUACUCGGUUAUCCUGCUAUUAGCUUCUGUCUUCCUCACUGUGCUGAGUGUUCACCUGAACGGCUGGAAGCUGGACCGGCGUUUGGGUUUGGGCCUCUUGCUGCUUUACUCAAUCUUCCUCCUCUGCUCCAUCCUCUUUGGGCAGCUUUAAAAAAAAAAAAAAAAAAAAAAAACUCCUGUACAUCCCAACUUCCAUCCAAGUCCACCAGUCAAACCAGUUUAGUUCUCGUUUUGAGUUUUGAUUCAUUCACACUGGACAUGGUGUUAACCUGAGCUGAAUCUCAGGCCAAGCAGAGACAGCGGAGGAAACUCAAGAGGGACGGACGGACUAAUAGCUCAGAACGAAAGAUCCCGAAGCCGCAUCUGUCCGGACGACAAAUGCAGUUACACUGUACAUGUACAGCUUCGUUUUUUUUCAGUUCACACACUGAAUCAUUUCAAAGAGAGUUCCACUUCGUCCAUAAAAGCACCGCUGCCUACUCCUGAGCAGAUAACACAGCAGUGAAGGUGAUCGUAUAUCAUUCUGAGUUCAAAGUUGUAGCAUUGCUCGUAAAAACCAUCCAUCUUGUUGGUUGUGGCUGCGCGUUUAGGAACAUGUCCGUAUGAAACAAAUCAGCCUGGAA